GUCAUUUUAAUGUCUGAAGUAGUCUGUCAUAAUCUGAAAUUAUUUUAUAACUCUACUGUGAUAAUAAACAUGCAGUCAGCUAAUAGAACAUUGAAUAGUUUGUUAGAGCUUGCAAGAAAUGUUGCAUUUUUAUUUGAAGAGAUUACUUUAUAUUUGUAA